AUGGGUUCGGAGCGCGGGGCGCCGCUGCGGCUUCCUCGGGACAGGCGGCCGCUGGAGACGGAGGGGGCGGGCGGGGGCUGCGCUUGCGGCCGGCGGGGCUCGGGCGCGUGGCGGGCGGUGGCCGGCUUUUUCGCGCUCUCGCUGGCGUUGCAUCUCUUGACGCUCGGCUGCUACCUGGAGCUGCGCUCCGAGCUGCGCCGCGAGCGGACGGCGCCCCAGGACGGCCGGCAGCCCGGAGGCACUGCGGAAGCGCCGCCGGACCUCGCGCCCGCCGGACGGCAGCAGCGGCAGCAACAGUCCCGGGUCCCCGGCGAGCCCGGCAGAGGCAGCCCACAGCAGAUGGCCUGGCUGAACGUCUUCUCCCCCGAGGAGAGGCCUCUCUUUAGAGAAGAAAGUAGCCGUGUGCGCAGAAACAAAAGAAGCAAGAACAGCGAAGGAUCAGAAAGCACAAGUCCUAAAAAGAAGAAAGGCAAAAAGGCUGGCCCUCCGGGACCUGUUGGGCCCCAAGGGCCCCCUGGACCACCUGGACCCCAAGGGCCCCCUGGAAUCCCAGGUAUCCCUGGCAUUCCAGGUACCACGGUGAUGGGACCUCCAGGACCUCCAGGACCUCCAGGCCCCCAGGGACCCCCCGGCCUGCAAGGUCCUACCGGCACAGCAGAAAGACCCGGACCGAGGGAUUCACAGCCAGCCGUAGUCCACCUCCAAGGCCAGGGCUCUGCUAUCCAAGUCAAGAAUGAUCUUUCAGGUGGAGUUCUUAAUGACUGGUCUCGCAUAACCAUGAACCCGAAGGUCUUUAAGCUGCACACCCGGAGUGGCGAGCUGGAGGUACUGGCAGACGGCACGUACUUCGUCUAUAGUCAGGUAGAAGUGUAUUACAUAAACUUCACAGAUUUUGCCAGCUUCGAGGUGGUGGUGGAUGAAAAGCCUUUUCUGCAAUGCACUCGGAGUAUUGAGACAGGAAAGACCAACUUCAACACCUGCUACACAGCUGGGGUUUGUCUCCUCAGAGCUCGGCAGAAGAUUGCUGUGAAAAUGGUCCACGCUGACAUCUCCAUCAACAUGAGCAAGCACACCACCUUCUUUGGGGCCAUUCGGCUGGGGGACGGGCCCUCUUCCUAAGGACCUGAGGUGGGGCCUUCCCAAACCACCUGGCCUCGCUGUUCAAAAGAUUGGGAAGAGUCAAAGAACUGAUAUUUAUUUUUUUAUGUAACUACAGAAAGCAAGCCAGGUUUCCCUUGGCUCCAUUGGAGCAGUACUUAAAAAUGGAGCAUUGCUAGGAAUGAGACCUUCCACCGAGCUGCAUAGAUCACAUCAGAGGCGGGUCACUUCCUUCCCACAACUUGCACUGAUAAGAGUUACUACGGCAACAGAUGAUGGAAGGCAUGCAACUGAAUGCUCUCUAGGAAGAUGUAUGUUAACAGGAAAAUUCUUCGUCUCCACCACACACACCCUCUAAUUUUUUUAUACUUUUUUAAAUUAUAAGGAACUUUAGAAUGUGGCCAAGGCAUAUCCAAAUCUGAUGGCAAUAAAUUUCAUGUUUAGAAACUGGAACUAUAGACGAGGGACUGUUGAUAAAGCUGGAAGUAGCCCUUGGCAAAAACAUACUAACUAUCCAGUUAAAGUAGUGAAUUUGACUUUCAAAAGUUAAUGUGUUGUUGCACGUUUUUAAAAUGGUUUCUUUGUGGUUUUAGUUUUACAGUCUCUCUCUACCCCGAUAGGUUCGGAAUGUGGCAUUUCCCAAUUCAGUUUUGGUACUUUUCUUCCUGGCCAAGAUUGGUGGUGGGGGGGGGGUGGGUGCCUGUCUUUCUUUAAACUUCCCAAUGGGCAUUUUCUUUUCUCAGCGAGCUGAGACCAAGUGGUAAAACACAAUCUUGCCUUACACAGUGUAUUUGGUCCUGAGACGUGGACAAGCAGCCUGUUUCCUAUUAAGGGAAGAGAGGCUCAGGGAAGACAAUUAGGCAGUUCUAGGAUCCAGUUCAGAUUUGGGUGGACUCUGGGAAGCAACUUUUUCCAUUGUGUACAGAUCAAUGUCAGACAAACUUUAAAGCGACUGCUCCCACUGGAUACUUUUAAUGCUGUGAAUUAUAAUUGCAAAGACAAUAUGACCGAGUUCUCUAUUUUUUUAUGGAGCAAUUCUGGCAAGCUAUAUUGUCAGCUGGCAAGGGGGAUCAGUUAGGGCCUCUGUCCUUUGGAAAGGUGAUGGGAGAAAGUUAAAGCAAGCAUUGUGAGGCUAUAAUUUUGUUUCUUCCAGAUCUCAGGGGGAAAAAGCCACCAGUUUGUUUCAGCCAAACCUGUUCUCAGUAACGGCUGCCCUGAUAGAGUCGUUGGGGAAGCAGAAAAGUGCCAGUGUGGUGCUUGGUUUUAACUGGCAACUGUAAAGUUGAAAUUCUACUCUUGUGCUAUGCACAGAUACCUUGAUUCUACUGGUCUCAUUUAUGGGCAGAGAUGAAGAAAUGCUCCUGAAAAAGCCUUGUGUAUUAUCUGCAGGCUCCAGGUUAGCAAUGAUUUUUCAAGGAAGACUGCAGCAAUGCCAGUCCUGUCACUUCUAGUGAUGGAAGCUUCUUUUACUUCGGACAUAAUAGUGGCCCAAGACUGGAAACUCCCCAAGAAACGACAAAGGCUUCUCUGUCUCUGCCCUUCGACCAGCAACCUCAGGGUCAGGGCUCCAGGCCAGCCGUUCCGCUUGUCCAAUGGGACACUUGCAGGUAGUCCCUGGCUUUUAACCACAAUUGAGGCCCAAAUUUUUGUGGCUAU